AUGGGUCAGUCGGUGGAUGUUGAGCAAGAGAGAAUCCGGGAUUUAUCAAAGUUUGUUGAUUCCCCGCCCGGUGUCUCUACAAGCUCAGACCAUGAACUGCAUGACGUCCCACAGGAUAAACCCUCCCCUCGUCUUUCAAAUGAUAUCACAUUGACCGCCCUAACACAACUGGGUGUCUAUCGCUUUGGAUGUAAUCGCUCUUUUGUUUCAAUCAUCGACGGGGAAAGCCAGCAUGUCAUUUCAGAGGCAACCGCCUCGAUCUCUCUUCGAAACAAAGAUCUUCAUCGCCCAGAUGAUGGCAUCUUCCUAGGUGUAAAUACACUUGACUUGGAAUGGGGAGUGUGCCCCCACGCCAUUCGACUUUUCACUGGACAAGAUCUCUCCCGGAUACUAGACACAGAAAAUAUAACGGCCAACCAGACACGCAACAUCAUUCGCGAUUUUACCAAGGAGGAUUUCUACAAAGAUCGCCCGUAUGUGCUUAGCUGGCCUUUCUUUCGAUUCUACGCCGAGGUGCCAUUGUACAGCCCUUCCGGCUUCGUACUAGGUUCAUAUUGCGUGGUAGACAACAAGCCACGAACGAAAUUUGGGGACGAAGAUGUCGCUGCUCUUCAGGAUAUUGCCGACUCGAUUUCAAACCACCUUGAAAAUUCACGGAUCGUGCAAUACCAUCGACGCUCAGAGAACUUGGUCAAAGGGCUGACAAACUUCGUCAAAAGUCAUUCGAAAUUCGACCCCACUAGCUCCUCCACUCAAAGCCAGAUUGAGGCAUCCGCAAAGAAGCUCAAUUAUACAGAUUCGGGGCUAAUAUCCACCCCAGGGGAGGUGGAUGGAACGCUAGACUCUUUGUCCACAGAAAAGGAUAUUGGUGUUUAUUCACCCCUUGAUCAAAGGUCGUCCACAACUCUGAACAGAAAGGAAGCGUCAGUGUUCUCUCGAAACAUACAAGUCGCGUCAAACUAUACACUACAGUCAUCGCUUUCUCGAACCUCGGACCGAGCUGAGCCGCUUCCCCCUUCCAUAGAAGGACCCCCGGAAUCAUCAGUGCUAGAAAAUGUGCCGAUCACUGAACGCAUAGCUGCGAUUUUUACCCGUGCCAGUCUUCUACUGAAAGAAUCUUUGGAUCUGGACGGUGUGGUCUUUCUUGAUGCCCACCGAAAUGACCCGCAAUUCGAAUCCUCUGGGCGGCACGAUGAUUGGGAUGCCUUGUCGAAUUUUGACCCAGAUUCUCUCGUUGCUUCAUGCGCCAAGUCCUGGGAUCUUCCUAAUGCAAAUUCGCCCAAAGAUGCAGAAAGCUACUGUAGCUCAUUAGGCCAAGCUACAAGCUGCAGAUCAGAAAAGAGCAAUGGCUCUAAAUUCCAACUCAAAGUGAACGAAGAGUUACUGCAUUCCUUGAUCACACACUUUCCAGAUGGUCACAUUUUCAACAUAGACAGCAGGAGUAAUCCGGUCAGCCCCGUGGACUCCGAAAGUAGCAAUUUGGAUACCUCUGCUCCCAAUACCGAAAUCAUUUGGGAAAUCUCUCAUCGUCUGGCUCAUCAGCUGCCUGAAGCUAAGUGUGUGCUUUUCUAUCCUCUGUGGGAUUGGAACAAAUCCCGAUGGCUUGCAGGUACACUGGUUUGGGUUAACGGAAGCCAUCGUCCCUUGAGCGCAGAAGACCUGCAUUAUUUUAAAGCUUUUGGAGAUUCUAUGAUUUCCGAAGUAUGUCGGAUACACUGGACCGCCAGUGAAAACUCAAAAUUUGACUUUGUAACUUCCAUCAGUCACGAGCUUCGCUCCCCACUACACGGAAUUCUCGCGAGCGCAGAGUUGCUGCGUGAUAUUCCGCUUCAGGCCGCGCAGCGCGACAUGGUGAACAUGAUCUCAACAUCUGGACUGACCUUACUGGACACAAUAGAUCACCUGUUGGAUUACUGUAAAAUCAACAACUUGGCAAUCACGCAGAGUGUCAACGUUAGCAGCACUGAAGAUUCUGGAACAACCCUUGUAUCAGACUUCAACCUCGAUUCCUUGGUAGAAGAAGUCGCUGUGAUCCUCCAUACUGGUCGGAAGGUACCUAGGCCUAUCCCUUCUCUUGCAAGCCAAACAGCUACUGCAAUGUCGGCCUUUGAACCCACCCCUCGUCUUACUCGAAAUGAGGAUGAAUUGUCAGUGAUAGUGAACAUUGAGCAGUCCAGUUCUUGGAAUAUCCGAUCAGUCGCUGGUGCCUGGAGGAGAAUCGUCAUGAAUCUCCUCGGCAACGCAAUGAAAUGGACGCAGACCGGCCUCAUCGAGGUGUCAUUGUCACAAGCCACAGCUCAGACUCAAGCAGACACUCACCUUGUUCAUCUUCGCGUUACAGACACGGGCCAAGGAAUAUCACAAGACUUUCUUAGAAACUCGGUAUUCUCUCCAUUCGCCCAGGAAGACGCCCUGUCAGAGGGUGUCGGGCUUGGACUCAGCAUCGUGCACAAGCUAGUGACUUUCCUGGGUGGUGAUCUCAAAAUGAAAAGCGAAAUCGCAGUUGGUACCCAGGUCGAUGUGUAUAUUCCCGCACAACGUCCUAAGGACUAUGUUCCCGCUAAGUUAUUCGACAAUCUUUCCUCGGUGGGAAUUCGAAGACACAAUGAUACUCUGAAGACAUGUCUCAUUGGAUUUAACGGCUGUCCUGACUUGAUGGAAACGCCCACUGGUAUCCUGAGCUCCGAUGCGAAACGAAAACUUUCUAUUCAAAACACUGUCGCAAAUGUCUUCAGGAUACAACUAGGAUGGCAUGUCAUACUGGCAGAGUCACUUGAGAAGGGAGAGGGUGACAUCGCGGUCAUUGAGGAGGCAAAUUUCAACGCUAUGUUGAAUGACCAACCACCCUCAACUACAAGUGCCGGCCAUCAUUUCAAAUUCUUCGUUGUGUUGGCCAGCGCAACAUCCUCACCAGCUCACCCUCUUCCUCAGAAUGCUAUCCUGAUGUCACAGCCAUAUGGACCUCAGAAGAUCCGUGAAACCGCCCAAAAAAUCAUGGACCUGCACAAGUCACAAGCUCAAACCGGCGGUCUUGAAGCUCCAACUCCCGUUUUGCCAACAAACCAUGAAAUUCCUCCGUCAAAACCUACCCCACCGAGCCUGGUGGAAAUAUCAAAAGACCUUUCACAACAGCCCCCAGUUGAAGUGGUCUCCCAGGGUCCUAUUAUCGGGAGCUUGCCGAUCCGAUCGAAUGGUCAAAUAAACGACAUGCAUAUUCUCAUAGUAGAUGACAAUGACAUCAACCUCCAAAUCCUGGCUACGUUCAUGCGAAAGCUUGGCUGUAGCUACGACACGGCUUCUAAUGGGCUGAUUGCGUUGGAAAAGGUUGAAAAUUCGAGUCGAAGAUAUGACUUGAUAUUGAUGGAUUUAUCAAUGCCUAUAAUGGACGGGCUCGUUUCAACCAGUAAGAUCCGACAACACGAAAAAGACCACGGUCUCCAACCGUCUCGCAUCAUGGCUGUUACAGGCGUCGCUUCGGAUACCAUGCAACAAGCAGCAUUGACAGCAGGUGUCGACGACUAUUUAGUCAAACCUCUCUCCCUCCGUAAGCUGAAGAAGCUUAUGGAACCCACACUCUAG